AAGCAUCUUGUGGGCAUGUCACAGAAUCUUUUACCGAUUUCCCCAAUUACCUCUCGCCACUCUGAAACCUGUUGCCUUUUCUUCAACUUUCCAUUUUUAUCUUCCCACACAAACCCUUCCAACUGUCGCCGUCCGAUCUCUAUCCCACUCUCCCCUCCCCCAAUUCUUUACCAUCUUCAAUCCCUUCCACUCUCACUAACUCUCACGUCCUCUCUUUCUGGGUUUUCAUUCUUGGAUCCCCUCAAUCCAUAACUCUUUCCCUGUAAUCUCUCUUCUCCAUCUGGGGUUUCGUAAUCCAAUCCCCUUUUCCAAUCUUCUGAUCAAAUUCGCUGAUUCUAUCCACCAAAAUUCGUUCUGGGUAUAUUAAUUCGAGUUCGCUUCCACGAUCCACCAUCUAUUGGAGUCAUCCAUGAAUGGUCGGAGCUACAACCACCACCGUAUACACAUGUCGGAUGUGGUUUUCGAGUGUGUGAUUCCAUACAUACACGACUCACGCGACCGUCAAUCGGUAUCCUUGGUCUGCCGGAGAUGGUACGAACUGGAAGCCCAGACGCGUAAACAGGUGAUGAUUGCGUUGUGUUAUACAGCGACACCGAAGCAGCUAUGGCGGAGGUUCCCCUACCUUGAGUCGCUGAAACUGAAAGGGAAACCGCGAGCUGCCAUGUAUAACUUGAUCCCCGAGGAUUGGGGUGGGUUUGUGACGCCGUGGGUGGAGGAGAUUGCGAGAUCUUUCGUUUGCUUAAAAGCUGUUCACUUUAGAAGGAUGAUUGUUAAAGAUGAUGAUCUUGAGCUCCUUGCACGUUCACGUGGCCAUGUUCUUCAGGUUCUUAAGCUUGACAAGUGCUCUGGUUUUUCCACCGAUGGUUUAUUGCAUAUAUGUCGAUCCUGCAGGAAUCUGAAUACAUUAUUUCUAGAAGAGAGUCAAGUAAUAGAAAAAGAUGGAGAGUGGCUACAUGAACUUGCGUUAAACAACACUGUUCUUGAAACAUUGAACUUUUACAUGACAGAUCUUUCUUGUGUUAAUAUCAAAGAUCUUGAACUUAUAGCAAAAAAAUGCAGGAAUUUAGUUUCAGUCAAAAUAGGUGAUUGUGAAAUCUUGGAUCUUGUUGGUUUCUUUCGUGCUGCUGUUUCACUUGAAGAAUUUGGUGGAGGUUGUUUUAAUGAUCAAGCAGAACAAUAUGCUUCAAUGUCUUAUCCUCCAAGAUUGUGUCUUUUAGGUUUAAAUUACAUGAGUACAAAUGAGAUGCCCAUUGUGUUUCCAUUUGCAUCAAGGCUUAAAAAGUUGGAUCUUCUUUAUGCCCUUCUUGAUACAGAGGAUCAUUGUCGAUUGCUCCCAAUGUGUCCCAAUCUUGAAGUUCUUGAGACAAGAAACGUAAUCGGAGAUCGUGGAAUGGAAGUUCUUGCUAAUUGUUGCAAAAAAUUAAAACGAUUACGAAUCGAACGAGGUGCAGAUGAACAAGAAAUGGAAGAUGAAGAAGGAAUCGUUUCUCAAAGAGGCUUAACAGCUUUAUCACAAGACAGAGAAGAGAUAAUUACCGAUUUACCCCUCGACAAUGGAGUCCGAGCUUUACUCAACGGUUGCCAUAAGCUUAAACGAUUCGCUCUUUAUCUUCGACCUGGAGGUUUGACUGAUGUGGGUUUGACUUAUAUCGGUCAAUAUAGUCAAAAUGUACGAUGGAUGCUAUUAGGUUAUGUUGGCGAAUCUGACGAAGGGCUUUUAGGGUUUUCAAAAGGGUGUCCAAGUUUGCAAAAAUUGGAAGUGAGAGGGUGUUGUUUUAGCGAACAAGCACUUGCGAUUGCUGUUUUACAUUUGAGAUGUUUGAGGUAUUUAUGGGUUCAAGGGUAUAGAGGGUCAUCUACUGGAUGUGAUUUGUUAACAAUGGCGCGACCUUUUUGGAAUAUUGAAAUAAUUCCUUCUAGAAGAGUUGUUGUUGUUGGGGAAGAUAUAGAGGAUGAGCAACCUGCUCAUAUACUUGCUUAUUACUCUCUUGCUGGACCUAGAACGGAUUUCCCACCUUCUGUUAUCUCACUUGAUUCCAUUCCUGUUCUUGAUUCCAUUCCGGUGAUAGAUGAAUAG